AUGGCCGACGUAUCAUUCGACUACUUUGACCACCCCCAGCAGCGGAAACAGAACCUGGGUCUUCCCAUCUCGCUCUACGACCCAGCCGACUUCAGCGGCGACUCGUCUCACUCGCCCGACUCUCCGCUGUCGCCCGUCUUUGCCAACCCCUACCAGCUUCCCGUCGCCAACGAGUGGGUCAGCUGGGACGACAAGGCUACUCUAUCUCCUGACCUCGACGCGCUCCCCAAGCAGGAGUCCUUUGACAGCAUCAACCUCUCUACCAUUCCCUCCCGGAACAACAUGGAGCUCAGCCCCGCCAUCAACCCCAACGACCUCGCUGGCACCAUCACUGAUGCUGUCCCCUUUGGCAGAGUCGGCCUGAAUGACAUCGACACCCAGCCUCUCUUCCAGACCCCCAUGUCCUCCAUCUCUCCUCAGCCUCACCAGCUCCAAAACUCCGUCAUGCCUACCGCCACCAACCCUAUGUCUAACAGCAUGGAUGCCAAGGACGCGCCUAACCGAUAUCCUUCGCGGAAGCGCAAGUCCUCCGGCUCGGGCAGCGCCUCGUCGCGUUCGUCCACCUCGCCUCCUCCCGCCACCCGCCGCCACUGCUCGCCUCCUAAGAAGACGGCCCACAACAUGAUCGAGAAACGCUACCGAACAAACCUCAACGACAAGAUUGCCGCUCUCCGCGACUCUGUGCCCGCUCUUCGCGUCAUGGUCCACCGAUUAGAGCAGCAGGCCCCCGAAGGCGUCGAGGACGAGCUCUGUGAGGAGGAUCUCGGCGGCCUCGCUCCCGCGCACAAGCUCAACAAGGCCACCAUUCUUAGCAAGGCCACCGAGUACAUUGCCCACCUUGAGAAACAGAACAAGAGCCUUGCUCGGGAAAACAACCAGCUCCGGAAUCGUGUCGAGGGAUUCGAGAUGCUCGUCAUGAGCCGAGAUCAGGCGCCACCUCCUGGAGUCUGGGCUUAA